AUGGUGUCCUGGCGCUCGCUGCAGGUGUCCGGUCCUCCAGGUGAUUCCGGCCACUUCUCUAGGCGCUUGGCGCUGCGGGGGGUGCUCGGAUGUGCCCGGAAGGACCAGCUCGCUCUGCUGGAGGACCAGCGCGUCACGCGGCUGUGCCGGAUCGUGUCCCCGAGCCCGCUCAUGCUGCAGUGCGCCCUAUACCAUCACCCCAACCACACCCACCAGAUCACCCCCAUCAUCAGCGUGUACAGCCGCAUGAAGGAGGACAUUUCCUGUCUGAUGACUGAGUUGCAGACGCAGAGGAGGAAGCUGGAGGAGCAGAUCUGUAAAAUGUCUCAUAACAAGUCCCGCAUUACCAACGAGUCGGACGUGCUGAAGUGGGUGAUCCGGAAGGAGUUCGGCGAGCUGCGGCGCCUCCUGGAGGAGGAGGAGGCGGGCUUCAUGCAGACGGUGGAGAGCUCCGCCUCCGCGCUCGUCGCCUCCAUACAGACGCAGGCGGACGACAUGGCGCUCGUGCUCGCCAAGUUCCAGGAGGCCGAGGGCACGCUGGAGGGGCUGAGCAACGAGAGUCACCUGGAUUUCAUCCGGAAAUAUGGAUCCAUUGCUCCAAGGUUCAGAGAGUGCCAGCAGAAGCAGCAGAGAGAGGAGCGGUCCUACAGCGCCAUCACCUUCAAACCCGGGUUCAACCACAGCGACAUCAAGCUGUCUGUGUGGAAGAGACUGCACAGGAGAGUCCUGCCUGCUCCGGAGCAGCUGAAGCUGGACCCCCUGACGGCGCACCCCCUGCUGCGGCUCAGCCGCGGCGACACGGCGGUGGAGUGCGGCGUGCUGCCCCACCGUCUCCAUAACAACCCCGAGCGCUUCAGCUACAGCUACUGCGUGCUGGCCAGCCGCGGCUUCUCCGCCGGCAAGCACCUCUGGGAGGUGGGCGUGGCCGGCAAGCGCAAGUGGCGUCUGGGCGUCGUCAAGGGCACCGUCAGCCGCAAGGCCAAGCUACCCAAGAGCCCGGAGGCGGGGGUGUGGCUCAUCGGCCUGAAGGAGGGGGGGCUGUACGAGGCCUUCGCCUCCCCCCGCGUCACCCUGCCGCUCUCCGCCCCGCCCGCCACCAUCGCCGUGUUCCUGGACUACGAGCGGGGCGAGCUGAGCUUCUUCGCCGCGGACAGCCCGCAGGAGCUGGGCCUGCUCUAUCGCUUCCGCUGCGACUUCCAGGGCAAGCUGUACCCGCUGUUCGACGUGUGCUGGCACGAGCGGGGCGCCAACAAGCAGCCCAUAACGCUGCCCCCGCCCCCCUGCCCCCAAAUAAGCCCUCUGCCCCCGCCUCCCGCCCCCAAAUAAGCCCUCUGCCCCCGCCCCCUGCCCCCAAAUAAGCCCUCUGCCCCCGCCCUCUGCCCCCAAAUAAGCCCUCUGCCCCCAAAUAAGCCCUCUGCCU